AUGACAUUGAGAGGUGGCCACAGAUUGCGAGUUGGGUCAAUGGCAUGGAACAGUCACAUCCUCACGACUGGAGGAAUGGAUGGUCAAAUCAUCAACAGUGAUGUGAGAAGUAGAUCACACAUUGUUGAGAAUUACAGAGGGCAUCGACAAGAGGUUUGUGGGCUUAGAUGGUCAGCUUCAGGCCAACAAUUAGCUAGUGGAGGCAAUGAUAAUCUAAUCCAUAUAUGGGAUAGAUCAAUGGCAUCAUCAAACUCAGCCACACAAUGGUUUCACAGGCUAGAGGACCAUACUUCUGCAGUGAAAGCCCUGGCUUGGUGUCCUUUCCAAGCGAAUUUGCUAGCCUCUGGAGGAGGUGAGGGAGAUAAGUGUAUCAAGUUUUGGAAUGCACACACAGGUGCCUGCUUGAACUCAAUAGACAGUGGAUCUCAAGUUUGUGCUCUUUUGUGGAACAAGAACGAUAGUGAGCUCCUGAGCUCUCAUGGGUUUACUCAGAAUCAACUCACUCUUUGGAAAUAUCCAUCAAUGGUGAAAAUGGCAGAGCUCACUGGCCACACUUCCAGAGUCCUUCACAUGACUCAGAGUCCGGAUGGUUGCACAGUGGCUACAGCAGCUGGGGAUGAAACAUUGAGAUUCUGGAAUGUUUUUGGAGUUCCAGAAGCGGCUGCUGCUAAAAGAGCUGCUCCAAGAGCAUAUGCUGAGCCUUUUUCUCACUUGAAUCAAAUUCGCUGA